AUGAUUCACACCUCAAACUUGACGACAACCCAAGGGACCCUGCACCCCCCUCUUCCUGGUCAACCUGAAGAUGAAACCAGUGUUUCUAUGGGACGUCCAGUGGCGCGGAAAAGUCAGAUCAUUGAAGAAGAGGAAGAUGACGAGGAAAUCGAAGAAGUCGACGACUUUGAUGGUCCUGAGGACACUGGCCCUGAAGUUCCUGAGAAAGACACUGCAGUUCCUGUGCUCGAACCUGCUCCUCAACUCGAGACAGGCCCAAUACUUCCCCCUCGUUCGUCCUCGCUGCGCUCCCCUCCAUCAAAGGCAGAUGUGUUGAUUUCUGCGGUGACUGGAUCCCCUGAGCCCAAUCCAGAGGUUAUCUCUGCGAUCGAACAUGCCGACGAAGCCCCUGAGCCAGCUACUACAAAAUAA